ACCUGACAAACAGCUGCAGGAGGAGGAGCAACACAGGAGGAAGGAGAGCUUCACGUCACACUGCAGAAGUGAAAGUAAAGUUUGUCAGAGUGGAGCCACGCUGCAGUCGAGACAAGUCUCAGUUUCUCUCUAAAACAAACUGAAUUCAUCAGAUCUUUGUCAACAACACAGCAGAGUCUCUGCCAAACACUGAUAUGGCUGCUGCAAACUAUCUGCAAUCUGAAGACCAGUUCCUGUGCUCCAUCUGUCUGGAUGUGUUCACUGAUCCAGUCACCACAUCAUGUGGACACAACUUCUGCAAAAACUGCAUCAAUGCACACUGGAAUACUAAUGACCAGUACCUGUGUCCGAUGUGUAAAAAGGCUUUCAGCACAAGACCUGAGCUCCAUGUCAACACUUUCAUCUCUGAGAUGGUUGUUCAGUUCAGAGAGUCAGAGCAACAGAAAACCAGCAGCAGCAGCAGGUCAGAGAAACAAGUUGAUAAACCAGGAGAAGUUCCCUGUGACGUCUGCACUGGAACCAAACUGAAGGCUCUGAAGUCCUGUCUGGUGUGUCUGACCUCCUACUGUGAGACUCACCUGGAACCUCAUCUCACAGCGUCAAGCCUGAAAAGACAUCAGCUGAUCGAUCCUGUGGAGAAUCUGGAAGACAGGAUGUGUACGAAGCACGAUAAACCUCUGGAGCUGUUCUGUAAGACCGACCAGACAUGUGUCUGCAUGCUCUGCACUGUUUUAGACCACAAGAUGCAUGAUGUUGUUCCUCUGAAAGAAGAAUAUGAAGGAAAGAAGGCCGAGCUGGGGAAGACAGAGGUUAAAGUUCAGCAGAUGAUCCAGAAGAGACGACUGAAGAUCCAGGAGAUCAAACAGUCAGUCGACUUCAGUAACAAAGAUGCAAACAGAGAGGUGGCAGAAGGUGUUCAGGUCUUCACUUCUCUUAAGGAGUCUGUUGAGAGAGGACUGGACGAGCUCAUCAACACGAUCAAGGAGAAGCAGAAAACAACAGAAAAACAGGCCGAAGCUUUCAUCAAAGAGCUGGAACAGGAAAUCUAUGAGCUGAUGAAGAGAAGGACUGAGGUGGAGCACCUCUCACAGUCUGAAGACCAACUCCAUCUUCUCCAGAGUUUCCAGUCCCUAAACAUCCAUCACCAACCACCCACCAAGGACUGGACAAAGGUCAGGGUCCCCCCACCAUCAUAUGAGGGGACUGUGGUGAGAGCUGUGGCUCAGCUGGAGGAGACACUCAGUCAAGAGAUGAAGAAGCUGCUUGGUGAAGCUGAGCUGAAGAGGGUCCAGAAGUAUGCAGUGGAUGUGACUCUUGAUGCUGAUACAGCAGAUCCUUAUUUAAUUCUGUCUGAUGAUGAGAAACAAGUGAGUGAUGGUGAUGUGGAGAAGAAUCUCCCAGACUACCCAAAGAGGUUUUCUAAAUGUGCUUGUGUUUUAGGAAAGCAGAGUUUCUCUUCUGGUAGAUUUUACUUUGAGGUUCAAGUUAAAGGGAAGACUAACUGGAGCUUAGGAGUGACCAGAGAGUCGAUCAACAGGAAGGGACCUGUCUCACUGAGCCCUCAGUUUGGUAACUGGACUAUAUGGUUGAGAGAUAUAAAUGAGUACAAAGCUCUUGAUGCCCCUCGAGUCCUUCUCUCUCUGAAGUCUCAGCCUCAGAAGGUGGGGGUGUUUGUGGAUUAUCAGGAGGGUCUGGUCUCCUUUUAUGACGUAGAUGCUGCAGCUCUCAUCUACUCCUUUACUGGCUGCUCCUUCAAUGAGAAACUCUUCCCAUUCUUCUACCCGGGUCAGAAUGAUGUUGAAAACUCUGCACCUUUAAUCAUCUCUUCUGUCAGAGUCGACUAAUCACUUACGUUAUUUCAUGUAUUGAUUUAAUUCUAUUCAAGGGAAUAAACGUAGAUAUUUAGAGGUAACACUGUAGUUUACAUCUUAUGUUCUACAGAAUCCGUUUACUGUGUUGAUUAAGUUACAUUUCAUUGUUAAGAUUUAUUUUAUUAUGUGCAUACUUUACAUUGCCAACACUAUAAAUUGAUGCAUUGAUCUUUUCAACCCUGCAUCAUGACACACGUUACGUGCAGAAUAUCAAUGUAAACCUCUGAUAAAAAUUAUUUUCACUUCCAUAAGGAAUCAUUGUUUAUAAUAACCACAAAUAUGUCAAGUUGCAGUUUGCAGCAUUUUAGCAAAAUUACUCAAAAUCAAAGUUUAUCGUUUAAUUCUUCUUUUUGAUGUGCAUCCACAGAAACAUAUUGCUGAAUAUUUCAAUGUCAUAAGGCUUCUAUUAAGAGUAAGGCAUAAAACAUGCCUUUAGUAUGUUCAGAAUACAGUAUUUGUUGUUGUUAUACCGACAUAAAAAGUUAACUGACAAAGUAAAUUAAUAGAAUAGAUGCCGACGGCGAUUCCUAUUUUGUGUGAAGGGUGGUUUACUUAAUUACUGGUAACUUGAGUCUAAGAAAUGUGUAAACAUGUGAUUGUGAAAUAAACUAGUUGUUGAACACAA